CCCCCACUCUGUUCCGUAUAACUGUAAGACUACUUUUUAAAUUAGAAUAUCUGAGUGUACCCCAGCUCUGCCAGCCGGCCCCUGAACCGGCUGAUGAAAUCCGAGGAGUGCCGACACAUCACUCACUGCACGCCGCCUGAGAGCUGCCAUCACCCGGCUGGGAACUCAUGCACUCCUCCCUAACUUAACCCAGAACUCUGUCCACAUGGCCCAAGGGAGGAGCAGGGCGUCCGGGUGUCGGGCUCUGGUGACGGCAGGAAAGUACCUGUGGAGCCCCGCGUUCAACCGGAGCUCCACGAGAGGGCAGCGGAACAUGUUCGAUCCACAGCGGGGAAUGGUGCACUCUGAGGCGGCCAGCCUGGCAACAGGAGCCGCUGCUUCGGCCCAGCAGCAGGAGGAGCGUUACUCCGACAGAAACUCACCGACCAAUCUGAACCUGAUUUACCGGGACGUGAAGGCUUUCCUCCGGGAAGUUGGAGGAAACCCCCGGGAGGCUCGGUACUGGUUGACCCAGUUCCAAAGAGCCUCCGCGGCGCAGUCUCCUGCCUUCGCCGUCCUGGAGGUGGACAGCUCGGUGUUUUCCAGCAGGGAGCGGGUCCAGAGCCUGGCCUUCGGGCUCUCCUUCCUGCAGCGGAUGGACAUGAAGCCUGUGGUGGUGAUGGGUCGGUCUGAGUCGGAGGACCCAGGGCCCGGGGGGGCGGUGGCCGGGUCGCGGUGCAGCCGGGGUCUGGUGGAGCGCAGCCAGCAGCUGACGGAGGCUCUGCAGCAGCAAUCAGCCUCCGUCCUGCCGCUGUUCUCCGCAGAGUCCUUCCUCCUGCUGCAGGAAGGCCCCCCCGGGAGCAGUGCCCCCCCCUCGGUGGUGGUGGACUCCGGCCUCCUCCGGUGGUGUCUGGGCUGUGGGACGCUCCCGUUGGUUUGUCCCGUGGGGAGGGACAUGCGAGGCUGCUCCGUGACGCUGGACCCGACCGAGGUGACGGCAGCCAUCGCCCGAGCUCUGCAGCCCCACAAAGUCAUGUUCCUGAACGAGUCCGGAGGCCUGCGCAGCCCGGGGAGCAAGGUGUUGGACACGGUGUCCCUCCCCAGUGACCUGCCGGCUCUGGUCUCGGCGGCGUGGCUGAGUCCUGCGGAGCACCGCAGAGUGUCGGCCGUGUCCGGGCUGCUGCACCAGCUGCUGAGCGACUCCUCCGCCGUCAUCACAUCGGCCGACACGCUGCUGACGGAGCUGUUCAGCCACAGAGGGUCUGGGACCAUCUUUAAAAUUGGAGACCCCAUACAUCGGUACACCUCUCUGGAAGGGAUCGAUGUGAACCGCCUGCUGGCUCUCAUCAGCAAGACGUUUGAUAAACCUCUGAAGCACGACUACAUCGCCUCUCUGACCGGGCGACUGCACUCCAUCUACCUCUCUGAAGGCUACAGCGCGGCGGCCAUCGUCACCAAGGAGCCGGUGAAUGGCGGCUCUCCAUACCUGGAUAAGUUUGUGGUGAGCAGCAGUAAGCAGGGUCAGGGCACCAGCCACAUCCUGUGGGAAUGUAUCCGGAGAGACCUGGGGAAAUUGUUCUGGAGGUCCAGGACCAGCAACAGGAUCAACCCCUGGUACUUCAAACACUGUGAGGGCAGCUUUAAUGACGGGGCGUGGACGGUCUUCUGGUUCGGUCUGACCGAUAUCAGGGAUUCGUACGAGCUGGUGGAGUACACCAAGCACCUUCCCGACUCCUUCCACGUGACCCCGCUCAGCUGAACCCCCCCCGCCCGCCCCUCCCUGCUGUGAAGAUUGGAUCUGAUGUUUGCUCUGAACUGACUUUCCUUGCCUUCAAAGUUGAUAGCCGAUGUGACAGUGAGAAUGCUGCGUGCUUUGAUGCGCAGUAACUAAAUCCCCCUGUGGUUGAUGUUAGCUUAGCUCUUAGCACGGGGUGCUCAGAGCCCAGGGUCUAACAGGAAGUCCCAUUUGUUUGACUCUUUCCUCCACAAAUAAAUGGUUGCUUUUGA